AUGUUCGACAUUGAUGGAGUUUAUAACACCCAAAAUGACCGUAUUUGGGCUGUAAAUCGUGCUGAAGCCAAUGAAAAAGGUGGUAUUCUGCAGAAAAAAUCUUUUUCUCAGAAGGUGAUGGUUUGGCUUGGCGUUUGUUCCAAAGGUGUAUCUCCAUUGAUGAUAUUUGAUGAAGGCACAGUCGGUCAUGCUCGAUAUAUUAAAGAAGUGCUUCCUGUGGCACUUAAAUAUGGAAAUUACGUCUUUGGAAAUGAUUGGACAUUCCAACACGAUGGUGCCAAACCCCAUAUUCAUCAGUUAACACAACAAUGGUGUCAUGACAAUUUUUCGGGAUUUAUCGAUGAAGACCAUUGGCCACCAAAUAGUCCCGAUCUUAAUCCAUUGGAUUACUGUAUUUGGGAUGAAUUUGUGAAGAUGCAUGCUUAUUUUGUCCCUUACGGUGUUUCCGUAUUAAGUCAAAAGGAAAUUUGUUCAAUUGAACGACGCGUGAAAAAUUCAAUGCGUUCAUCACUCUACGAACAACAAGGAAUUACUGUUGUAUCAACAAAAAAAUCAACAACUUUCAACAAAUUUUUAGAUUCAAUUGAUGAUGAUAGUACUUAUUCACAACAGUCUGCGUGUAGAUCAUCAACAUCCACAUAUGCAACUGAAACAAAACAAUAUCGACGACUAGCUAGCAGCUACAUUUCGGGUGUUGGUGAAGAUAAAAAUGCUCUUUCCUUCUGGGAGCUUAACAAGCAUCAACCACCAUAUUUAACAAUACUAGCAAGAAGCUAUCUUGCUACUCCAGCCACUAGCGUACCGUCGGAGAGCGCAUUUAGUAAAAGCGCUUAUUAUGGACGUAAAGAACGAACAAACAUACACGGUGAUAACCUGUGUCAGUCAGUAUUCUUAAAGGAUAAAUUGAUUACAAAACUACAGUAGCAUAUGUUAGAUGCUA